UAAGGUAGAUUGGGUCCGCGACAGAUUCGCCGAGUCGCUUCCGAUGUCAACGUACCUGGUCGCUUUCGUUGUAUCGGAUUUCGCCCACGACGAGAUCGUGCGCAGCAAGUCAGGGAUCGAGAUCCGCGUCUGGGCGCGUCCAAACCACGUCGAACGGAACUUGACCAAGUUCGCCAGUAACUACGCUCCCAAAGUGCUGGAUUAUCUCGAGAAAUACUUCGAUAUGAAGUACCCGCUGCCCAAGCUGGACAUGGUCGCUAUUCCCCCGAGAUAUUUCCCGGUCGGUGGCAUGGAAAAUUGGGGACUCGUCACAUUCUCGUAAGACUCCAUUUUUAUUGAUUCGUUAAGUCGGCCUCCUAUGG